AUGAGUGAAAGUCAUAACACGAAUGAUAACACUAAUUACUACUUGCCUCAUAAUUUGGUAGAUCGUGAGCUGGAUCGCAUAUGUUGUGAAAAAGUCCAAGUCAAAAAGUCAGACAAAAGUGACUUUAUUCUGUUUAUUCGUUCGGGUUAUAAUGGAUCUCAAACAACGUUAGCUUCAGCUGACACUUGUCAGCUGGAUUUAGACACGAAUAGACCAAUCGCCGGUUCAAUUACAAUUUUAUCAGCUAUGAAAUAUAUUGAUUACAACCCAGGCGAAUUGAAACGAGUUAUUAUUCAUGAAUUAGGACAUACAUUCGGCUUCGAUUAUCGGUUGUUUCCUUACCUACGUCAUGAUGAUGGUAGUCCUAGAACAAAGCGUAACCAACAUACUGGUGAACCGGAAUUGUCAACAAAUGCCAACGAAGGAUUAAAAGCUGAUCGAAAUACUAUAAAAUACGUGUCCAGGACAUGGCAUACAGUCUCCGGUGAGAACACGUACAAGAGAGUCGCAUUAACAUUACCAAGUGUAGUCGUAAGUAUAUCAUUGACUUUACACAUAUUUCACUGA